UCAUUCCCACAUGCAUAAUGUAUGCUUCAGUCUUCUCUCUCAUUUCAUCAACAAUGGUGAUUUCAAUGUUGCAUGGUAGCUGAUUGAUUAUCUAUCGUUUGAAUCUAUUCAAGUUCAAACCUUACUAUAUCAUUCAGUAAAAAUGGAUGGUGGCAAACGACGUCGUUGGCCGUCGUGGAAGACCCUCAAACGGCGGGUCGGCUGGAACCGAAUCAACCUUCUCUCAUUUUGCGGGUCAUCAAAAUGGGUUCUGGAUACCGAUGCCGGAGAACAACCGUUCUUAUUCUCCGGCGAUCAAUCGCCGUCAGCGUGGGACACAACAACUCCGGGAUCUCUCAUUGGUGGUGGCGCCACCAUGAACCUUGCAACUGCAUUGGCUGCUGAACGCCGAAAAGUACACGUGGAGUCCACUGAUUGGAUGAUAGUUAAGGUGGCGCAUGACGGCGAUGAUGUCGGAGGGGGGAUUGGUACGCUGUGUUGCUUGUGCACGGAGAGAAAUAAGGGUGCGGCGUUGAUCCCCUGUGGGCAUACCUAUUGUAGGGCGUGUUCUAGAGGGAUGUGGUCGAAGCGGAAGGCGUGUCCUCUUUGUAACCGUUCGAUUACGGAUGUUCUUGAGAUUUUGUGAAUUUGUGCUGUAGGUGAUAAUUGUUGGAAGAAUAUGUGCGUGUAAAAAUUACAGAUUGAAUAUCUGGAGGGGGUUGUUCAGAACAUUCGCUUUGGUUUUUAAUAAUAUGCCCC